AUGUGUAUGAAGAUAAUGUAUUAUCAUGCGAAAUGCACCCACGCUGCCCCAGCGGAAACAUCCUCUGUAAUCGGCUGUCCCCCAGCGCUGGAAGAAGGCUGUCUAUGUGACCAGGAAGACCAAACCCCGCUACCAUUCCCCAUCUCAGGGCUCUGCAAGCAAUGUAAAGUCCAAAAGCGGCGAAAGGAAAUGGUAAACCGUUUCGUUGGCAUCGCAAAAUGGAAGGCCGGUGACCGUUUGGGUUCACUGACAGCCGCAAUGGCCCUCCCGGAGAGAGAUGACGAGAGCCCCGAGGAAGACUCUGAAUAUGAGUCUGAGUAUGAGUCCGAACCUGAGACCGAAUCUGGAUCAGAUGCAGAUGCAGAUGCAAGUGAUGCGGUUGAACCAAGAAAAUCCCACCUUUUAACUCGUAGCAAUCCCAAUGGAAGUUUCCAUCGCUUGCAAAGAUGGCUAGAUAAAGCCGACCCAUAUCCCCCAAAAGACUCUUCUAUUUGUACUUCUGCUAACACAGCCAAAACUGGAAAAAUGACGAGGUGGCCUUUCUUCCAAGCUCCCAUCUUGUGGAAAGAUGAGCAUGAUAACUUUGGUUUGAGGACUCUGGUUCUAGUUCAGAAACAUGGGCUGGUUGAACAGAAGGAUACGCUUUCGCGCCGGCGUACUAUAUGUGCAGGGCCCGGGGGGUUGCAGCCCUUGGCUCUGGCGGAGAAGCAUAAGAAGCGUUGGGGCUGGCCUUCCUGGGAUCCUUAUGGCCGCGAGAAAGCCGAUGAGCCGCGGCAGUCAGAGCCUCUCUUGAUGCCGCCCGUUGAGGCGGAGUCUAUGAAGGCUGUGAGCUUGCGCUCUCGUAUCCCUGUUCCUGCCAGCAGAGUGGGUGGACAGUCCGUGGCCGCCAGUGUGGAGAAGCGGCCGCUUCUUGCCAGGAGGAAUACAUUUGAUCGGGUUACAUUCUAG